AUGUCCGCUAGAAGGAAAGAAUUCCAUCAAGGAGCUUCCUGCGAACUAUACCACACGAACUUGUCUUUCCAAGAAGAUCUACAGCCAUCUUUCGGCCCAUCCAGAUCACCCAAUCCAAGCCAACCUUGCCCUCCUCGACAUAUAGGCUCCUGCUUUGAAUCACCGAAUCCAGAUGAUUCUUGCACUUAUCCUAGAGACUGUUCCGAACCGGAAGACUAUUCGCACCCCAACAACAUUUGUCCGCCACGAUGUAUAAGAUCUUGUAUUCGAAAGAAGAAUCAAGAUGAUUUAUACAAUGAUCUUGGAGCGUGUGACGAAGAAUCAGCGAUUGAUGAUGAUGCUCCAGGAACACGAAUUCCUAUAAUCAUCCCAAAUACCGCCAGAGACAUGAAUGAUAAACGGCAUUCACAUAACCAAGUUCAAGAUGAUGUCUAUUUCCCACUGCCAAUUCGUGCGGAUCAGCGUCGCAAAAAUCAUCGCAUCAGUCAAAAUGACGAGGGGGAAAAUAUACCGCUGCCACCAUCUUGCUCCUCAUCUAAUAACCCCGAUUGCCUACCUCAGAAUCCAUUCUACAACAGCUCCAAUGAUCAGAUUGAUCUACUGACCGAGAUACAUAGACUUCAUGAACGAAUUGAUUUACUGGAGAGCAACAUUCCGGGACAUGUGGAAACGACAGCUUAUUGUCGAUGCAGUUGCCAUAGGUCAACACGACCUAUGACGCCUCCACCGGAUAAUUAUUGGCAUGAAAACGAGCCACAACUAUUUCCAGAUCCAAGAAAUGAUUGGGAUGAAAGUGGUGAGCCUGGUUUUUCCACUCCAGUGGUGUGA